UUUAUGCGAGAGUUGUAAGACACGCAGUAUAAUUCCAAACGACGCUGUAUCUGGACGUUUCAAAGAUCUGGAGACUCACAAAUUAAGGAAAAAUUGCCAUCUCUAGUGCGUUUUGUUUAUUACUAUGUCAUUUUUUAUUCUGGAUAUGAACAGAUACGAAUGAACUAAAGAGAGAGAGAGAGAGAUUUGAAGUGCCAGAAUAGCUCUAUCUCCUACAUAAAUCCUCGUAUGUUAACGUUUCUCUGACGUCAUGCAAAAGCAACAAGUGCACACUACCCCAGUAAUCCGUCUUCACGGGAUCUCCAAUAUGUCCACCAAACAGAGUAGAAAAACUUCUUUGGAAUCUUCCAAUAUGGACUUACUGGAGCUUCCUCAUUACUCCGUCCAGACCCCACCCCCUGGGGGUCGUCAGUCCAUCCACAGCCCACCUUUAAGCGGAAGAACUGAAUCUCCUUUACCGCCGUCGAAAGCUGACCACGACGCCAUCAGGUCGGCCUCUCGCUAUCUAUCUCGAGCCGAACCCAGUAUUCGAAACCAAGAAACAAAUUCGCGACAUCCGCAACUUCGUAAACAUCCAACUUCACAUUCAGUAGCUGAGAACAGGCGCAACGACUUUUAUGAAUAUUGCCCGCAGUCAAUAGCCUGGAAAACUUUACCGAAAUUCAAGCAUCAAGAUGAUGUUAAAUAUCGGGAGACGAAGUCGCUAAAAGAAGGAGAAAGCGUGACAGAGAGCAUUUGAGAGUUUGAUUUUUUUCUUACACCUAGUUUUACUUAAAAGAAACUGCUACUAAACAUUAUAGAAUUUGGCAAAAGUUUAAAAGAGUAACUAAAGUAGUAUUGUUAUCAAUAUGGUAAAAAAGGUAACGGCUUACUUGCAACCAAGGGCACAAAAUAUUCAUCUCUUCAGUUUUCUUGUCAAACGCCAACACAAGUUUACCACGUGAGCUUGGUAAAGAAAUAAUUAUAAAGUCACAUUUACACACACGUGGGUAAUAGAAACAUACAGUUUCACAUAGCUUUUGUAUGUAUUGUAACGAGGAAGUACGCUGUUCUGAAAAAAAAAAAAAAAUCACCACUGUAUUGAGGAUUGCGUAUAAAGACCCGCUUCGUUAUCGUUUGUGAGAAAACUUUUAAACAUCCAGUUAGUCUGUGUUUUUUUUUUUUACAACUUUUUGGGCUUUAUUACUCAAUCAUUAUUACUGUUUUUAUAUUUU